AUGUGGAUCAACUGCGGCAAACUAUCCGACUUCAUUCAAGCGCGAUACGUCGUCCGAUUAACCACAGGCAAGAAAGUGGUCUUAUUCCGUCUACCGACGAUUGACAAAACCAGCCUAAAAGCUAACGAGACCAACGAUGGCUGGUCCUACUACGCCAUGGAAGCGGAAUGUCCGCAUGCCGGCGGCCCAAUGGCAGACUCCUCAGUCGACAUCGAGGACUCCGCAUACGUCGUGUCUUGUCCGUGGCACGCAUACGACUUCAACGUAGAGACAGGCGAGUCCAGUGUUGGGAUCAAGGCCUGCACCUUCCCUGUCGAUGUGCGCGGUGAAUUCCUUGCAUUGGAUUUCCCAGCUGAGGACGGAGGCAGCGUGGGGCUUGCGAGCGUUGAGCCUGUUAGUGAGAAGGUGAAGCUGAAGAACCCGCGGCCUGCACAGGGCGCUACUACUGUCGCCGCCGGCGAUAAAAAAGACAGCCCAGGCGCGGCGACGUAUCUCGGCGAUAAGGCGACGCUGUGUGACUGGGCGGCGCAUGUGCUGAACACAGCCAACCCCGAACACAAGAUCGAGCUGGCUACGCAUCUUUUCUCUAUUUUCACUGCGCGAGAGGCAUCUGAUACACCAAUGCCGCUUGGCAGGGGCACUGUCGCCGCACCCGACCAACCGCCCCGCGAGAAAAUGGAAACCGUUGACCCGAGCCAGAUGCCGAAGGCUGGAAAGGGCGGGACGCUGAAGAGCCGGAUAGCGAUGCUGCAUGCGCUCGCGAAUAUCGAGCUGUGGGCUAUCGACCUGGCCAUUGAUAUCUGCAUUCGCUUCGCGGCGUUCCAGACAGAGGGCACUGGAGAGGAACUUCCGCGUGCGUUCUUCCACGACUGGUUGAAGGUUGCCAAUGACGAGGCGAAGCACUUCUCGCUGCUGCGCACGCGACUCGAGGAGAUGGGGUCUUUCUUCGGCGCGCUGCCUGUGCAUCACAGUUUGUGGCUAUCGGCGACGGAGACGGCGUACGACCUGCGUGCGCGCAUCAGCAUUAUCGCGUUGGUCCAUGAGGCACGUGGUCUGGAUGUGAAUCCUAUGACUAUUGAGAAGUUCCGCAAGGCGGGUGAUGCGGAAAGUGUGCUUGCGCUGGAGGUUAUUCACAAUGAUGAGAUUACGCAUGUUACGACGGGGCAUCGGUGGUUGACUUGGAUUUGUGCUCAGGAGGGGACCGAUCCUGUUCAGGUGUUUCGAUCGAACGUGCAGAAGCAUUUUAAGGGUCCGAUUCGGGGGCCGUUCAAUGAGGAAGCGCGCUUGCAGGCUGGAAUGGAUAAGCGGUAUUAUGAGAGUGCUCCCAGUGCGGGAAUUGCAGCUUCAUGA